AUGUCCGACUUUUCCAUACAGGCCUUCUACAAGAAGGAGGUACCCACGUCAUCGGUGGUGGCGCCUACCAAGCAACACCCUCAGGAUCACGGCUUCACCCAAGCGGAGGUCGAGGCAGGAAACAAUCCUCUCGACAGGCACUGGAAUCCGUCCGACGAAUACCAUCAAGUAUGCAUUGCGAAUAUACAGCCAGGGCCGGCGCUUAUUCGCUUCACUGGCCGCAUCGUCAACUAUACGCCUGCAUUCCUCGACUCCAAGAACACGUAUACUCGGCCAGCACACCAGCUCAUUGUCAAAGAUGACACAGGUGCCAUCGCAGUUAAACUUGUACCCAUUGGUAUCCCUGUUUCUCUUCUCCUAUUCGGACAGCUUGUCACAGUAUGGGCAAGCUGGACGGGAACCUCAGCCAAUUCGAACCAGGGAAACAUCCCCUUCGUCACCAUGUAUACUCCCAUCAACCCAGCGGACGUUGGUACCAAGCAGUUCAUACAAUUCAUCACAGACACCCCCACGACACAGAACAUUGCUCGGGUGCCCCUGGACUACGAGCGUGAUGAUCCAAACGCCAGACCGCUCCCCAACCUGAUGACACUCGGCCAAUACCUCAAAACAGGUCAUGACACAGCUGCUGCGGUUCGCCUGAUCGUCUGCGUCAAGAGCAUUGGAUCUCGCAAGCGCGUCACGAUAAAUGACCGCAGAGAAGCGGAGCUAGUCGAGGUCACUGUAUGGGAUGACACAGCAAGCUGUGCGCUGACGCUAUGGGAUGACAAGGCGAACUCUGCCAAGCUGUGGAAGCCCAACGAUACCAUUCUUCUUCUGACGAGUCCCAAUUUUAACCCCCUUCGCGAGACGAAGCCUCCCAAGCCAGCAGGUGUCGGCCUCACUUACAACACCCUCAUCGACGUAGACCCUGAUUUUCCCGAUGGCAACUGGCUUCACCAAUGGGUGAAGAAUAGGGUCAAGAAGGAGUGCAUUUGCAUUCUUUUCCCUAAGGACGUCUGGAACGCCGAGGUGGCUGUUCACGGGCCCAUACGACCGUUGUUCACUCUUUCAGAGGUGGACGAGUUCGCUCGUGCUGAUCCGGCGAUGGAUUUCACGGGCAAGCUGUGCUUGACGGUCUUAGGAUUGGAUUUGCUUGGACUCUACCGAAGGAAGAUGCUCUGCUGCAUUGAAUGCUGCGGAGUUCCCCUAUAUGCCAAUCACUCGUCCGCAACGUGUAAGAACUGCAUGACUGAGAAGACACUCGUACUCAACCCCCGAGUCAUGGGUAUCCUGGUGGACGAAACGGGGUGCAUCGCACAAGGGAAGCUGGUAUGGAGUGAGGAGGCUUGGGGCGAGCUCUUCUUCCCCGCCGAUGUGAGUACAGCGGUCGCAGCUUCUGUACUUGGAGAAGCAGACAGCCCGGCAGACAUCACUUGCCCUUCCCCAUCUUCUUCCAAGUGGAUGGACAUCUUGCAGAUGGACACGGCCAGGCUGCGGCUGCUGGAGGAGCAAAUGUUGUAUGCCCGUUUCACCUUGACCUUCGGCUGGUCCCCUUUCGUCGAGAGACUGUGUGUACUUGGAGUCGAGUGGUGA